AUGAGAGCCAUCUUCCUUUCAACUCCCGGAAAACCCUCAACCUACGUCUUCAAAGACAUCCCUAUUCCCGAAGCGCUGCCCGGACAUGCUGUAAUCCAAGUCAAGGCCUUCGGCCUCAAUCAUGCAGAAGUACACAUGCGAAAAGGAGAAUGGCCCGAGAUCCACGAAAUCAGCGGCAUUGAGUGUGUCGGUAUCGUUCAUUCCUGUGCCGGGAACGAGUUUGCCGUUGGCAUGAAAGUAGCUGCAAUCAUGGGUGGCAUGGGGCGAACUAUCCCUGGAAGCUAUGCGGAAUAUACGCGAGUGCGAGUUGGCAAUGUUGUUUCUAUCGAGUCUGACUUGAGCUGGGAAGAACUUGCUGCGAUUCCGGAGUCGUAUGCAACGGCUUGGUCGGCUUUAUUCCGAAAUUUGGAGCUGAAGGAAGGCCAGAAACUUCUGAUUAGAGGAGGGACAUCCUCCCUUGGGCAUGCAGCAGUCAAUCUCGCGGUCAAUGCUGGUGCGAGGGUCACUGCGACGACCAGGAACUUGGACAGAGCUGCAAUAUUGAAAGACCUUGGUGUUCACGAGGUUGUGCUGGAAGGUCCUGAACUGUCGGAGAGGCUUCCGUACAAAGGCUUCGAUACGGUGCUUGAUCUGGUCGGAAAUAGUGUUGUGAUGGAUUCGUUGGAAAUCCCUCAUCGAGGUGGGCGAGUGUGCAUAGCCGGCUGGCUCGGAGGACUUGCACCUAUAAAGGAAUUCAACCCUCUGUUGCAAAUGCCGACUGGUGUUCAUUUGAGCUUCUUUGGCAGCCCACACUUUGGAAUGCCAGGAAUAGAAGUGUCAGAUGUGCCAAUGCAGAAAAUUGUGGAGGAUGUUGCCAAGGGUCGUUACAAGGCGAAACCUUCGCAAGUGUUUCGAUUCGAGGACAUCUCCAAAGCUCACGAGGCUUUGGAACAUGGCAGUGGUAAUGGAAAGAUCGUAGUGAAGGUUUCGAAGUGA